UAUUUCUGCCUGAACUUGUCUUUUAUUUUCGUUGUAGUCAGACAUGGCCACGAAGGCUGUAGCACGUGUUAGAAAGAAGGACAUCGUAAAAGUAGUGCACAGUGCGCUUUUAAGGACAAAUAUCAGGGCACAGAUGGCUUCGGCAGCUCCUCCGCUAGGGCCACAACUUGGUCAGCGUGGUGUGAAUGUAGCUAACUUCUGCAAAGAAUUUAACAAAGAAACUGCACAUAUCAAACCAGGUGUUGUCUUGCCAACUCGUGUGACAGUAAAACCCGAUCGAACCUACUCAUUGGAGAUUUGCUCACCAACAACGUCAUGGCUACUGAAGCAAGCUGCUGGAAUAGCUAGAGGGAAGGCCAACAAAGAUGAGAUUGCUGGCAAGCUUUCUGUGAAACAUAUAUACGAGAUUGCGAAAGUGAAAUCCAAGGACAAGACUCUGGUGGGAGUACCUUUGCAGGAAAUCUGCCGCAAUAUAAUAAAGCAGUGUCGCACAUUAGGAAUUCAAGUACAAAGAGAAGAUUUGGAUCCUGUUGAGCUGAAGGCAUUCCUUGAUAAAAGGCGGGAAAUUAACCACGUAAGGAAGCUAUGA